AUGAGGAACAUCACUGCUGCCGACACAAUACGUGAGCUUUCUACGAUAUUCGGUCGUUUUGGCAUUCCUAUCACAAUGAGAGCUGAUAACGGACCGCAAUUGAGCAACGAGUGUAGGGAGCUCAGGCAAUUCUGCGAGGAACUUAACAUCGAAUUGGUCAACACGAUCCCAUACUGGCCUCAAGCCAACGGUGAAGUAGAGCGCCAGAAUAGAAACAUUUUGAAACGUUUACGAAUUGCGCAGGAAUUAGGCAAUGACUGGCGUUUAGAACUGAGAAAAUUUUUACUGGCGUACCAUUCGACAAUGCAUACAACAACUGGGAAGUCCCCGUCGGAGCUGAUGUUUGGGCGCAGAAUCAUGAACAAAUUAACAUCGAUUCCGAAACACAAAGAAGAUGAAGAAGUGAGGGAUCGUGACAAAAUAGUGAAACAAAAAGGGAAGGAAUACGCAGACAAUAAACGAAAGGCUCGGAAUAAUGAAAUUGCAGAGGGAGACUUGGUAUACGCUAAACGACAGAAGAAGGAACACAAAUUGGCUACAGAUUAUUCUUCAGAGCUAUUCAAAGUGAUAAAAAGAAUAGGGUCAGAAGUCACCAUCAAGUCAUUGAUGUCAGGGAACGAAUAUAAACGCUAUGUAUCACAUCUGAAGAAGGCAGAAGCUCAAGCACAGAAUACAAAUAGAAAUUCAGAUGAAAGAGACGAAACAGAUUUAUCAAUAGAGCGGGGAAAUUCUAGUAGUGCAAAACGAACAGAUCUAUUAUCAGAAAACCUUCAACGAAAUGAGUCUAGGGAGGAAGAUACAAGUUCUACCGCAUUAUCUGAGAAACGAAGAAGUUCAGUACCGAAGAAGUUUAAAGACUACGUGCCAUUUUGA